CCCCGCCCCUCCGCCAUGGCCGAUGUGGAGGACGGGGACGAGCCGGGCGGCCCCCUCUCGCACCCGGGUUCGGCGGGCUCCAAGGCGGGCGGUCCCGACAAGAUGUUCUCUCUGAAGAAGUGGAACGCGGUGGCCAUGUGGAGCUGGGAUGUGGAGUGCGACACCUGCGCCAUUUGCCGGGUGCAGGUCAUGGAUGCCUGUCUUAGAUGUCAAGCUGAAAACAAACAAGAAGAUUGUGUUGUGGUUUGGGGAGAAUGCAAUCAUUCCUUCCACAAUUGCUGCAUGUCCCUGUGGGUGAAACAGAAUAAUCGCUGUCCCCUCUGCCAGCAGGACUGGGUAGUCCAGAGAAUAGGCAAAUAAAACCACUGGAAGUUGGUGGGUUUUUUCCUGUCGAACUUGUUGAAACAGUGUAUGUCUGACACCUUACACUCCUCCAGAAGAAUGGAAGAUGUCAAUGAUGGGAAGAUUUAUUUAGUUUUAUCUGCUAGAGGAUAGGUGUGGCUUUGUUGUAUGCUGUUUGCUGUAGGAGGAGGGAAAAACCAAGAGACACUGCGUUAAGAAAUGUAUCUGUUAGGAUUUGAGUGUUAACUGUAUCAGAGCAUAGAAGUGUGGUAGUGCAGAUUAUACCCUAAAUACAGUUUAUUUUAUGUUUUUGUUUAGGUAAAUGAAUUAACUUACAUGGGCAACCUUACCUGUAACUCUGAAACACUGCAUAAUUUACUGUCAGGAUCAAAAAACUCUUCUGAGUAAUAGUGUGUACGAAAACAGUCAGUGAGGUUUUUUUAGGAAGUAUUCUGGGAUUUAAUCUAAAUAGUGUGUAAAGCAUUUGCUGUAUGCUUUUUCUAUCACACUAUACUAAGCAUUUCUAAUUUAGCUUUUCUUUAUGACUUCAGAAAAUUUUGUUUUCUUCUAUCUCUGUCUGUUGCUGUAUUGUAGUCUAUACAUGAUUUCCUCAAACCAUAGCAUUAAAAUUUAACUCUGUUCAUAAUUCUUUAAUUUAUAUUUCUGUUGAAGACAGUUGAGACGUAUAUUUAAUCCAGAGACUUUUGGUACAAAGACACGUAUUUGAUAUCAGUUGUCUGGGGGCAUAAACAAUCCUGCUGGUUAGAUGACUAAUAUAGAAAGCCAACAAAACUAGUAAUUUAAUAAUCCCAAGGAAAGCAGGUACUUAUUAAAUCUAGGGAAAAAUGUUUAAUUAUUUUUCGUGAAAAUUCAGUUAAUAGAAAUUUAUCAUCAUUUUAUUGGUUACAGUGUUUUGGAAGUGGGAGAAAGCAUUAUGCCAUUUUUGUAGAAAUUCUCAAUAUAGCAUUUUUUAUAUAUAUAUGAAUCAUGUUUUUUUUCUUACAAAUAUUUAAGUGCUUGCCUCUGACUUUGUCUUUUCCCUCAAUAUCUGAAGUAAUUACUAUUAAUCUGACCAUAUGAUGUGGGAUUAUUUUUUUAAAAUAUAUAUAAUGGGUUGAAUUAUUGCUUUAAAUCUGUAACAAAUUCAGGCUUAUUAAAAUGGAUAAUAAACCUGGGUGAAAUUGAAAAAAUAUUAUAUGCAUAUCUUUUUUACUUGAAAGUUAUCAUCUUAAAUGUUUAAUGCAUCUCUCAGCAGAUGUAUUUCUGUCUAGUUCUGUUUAUUUAAAGAGGUUUAUCUUCUCUGUAUAAAGUAGUUCCAAUGUCAAUCUCUGUGUCAUCAAGCAUACAUGUAAAGUCUACUGUGGUUUUGUUUAAUACUUGUAAUCUUGGUUUUAAAAUAUUUUGACUUUUUUAAAUAUAACUUUUGUUUCAUUACAAACUGAGAUCAUUGUCACUGUUACAGUGUAUGACAUUGGUUGUUAUUAUCCCAGAUGCUGUCUGUCUUAAAAUUGAAAACAACUAUAAAGUAGGUUAACACUA